CGCCCUCGCGCCCUAGCGCCCUCGCACCGGGGGCGGGCUCGCUGCGCGUGCCGGGCGGGGAAGCGGCGCGAGCCGGGUGCCUGAGAACGUUCGGCGCGGGGGCGGCUCCGGGGCCUGAGCGGGCGCCGCCACCGCCUCAGCCUCGGAGGCCGGGCCGGAGGAGGCGGAGGAGGCUGCGGCCGCCGGAGACCUUUUCGACGCCCCCAGCUCCGGCCGGGAAGAUGAUUGAGGAAAGUGGGAACAAGCGGAAGACCAUGGCAGAGAAGAGGCAGCUGUUCAUAGAAAUGCGUGCUCAGAAUUUUGAUGUCAUACGACUAUCAACUUACAGAACAGCUUGCAAAUUGCGAUUUGUACAAAAACGAUGCAACCUCCAUCUUGUUGAUAUCUGGAACAUGAUUGAAGCCUUCCGAGACAAUGGCCUUAAUACACUGGACCAUACCACUGAGAUCAGUGUGUCUCGCCUCGAGACCGUCAUCUCAUCCAUCUACUACCAGCUGAACAAGCGCCUUCCUUCUACUCACCAAAUCAGUGUGGAACAGUCCAUCAGCCUCCUCCUCAACUUUAUGAUUGCUGCAUAUGACAGUGAGGGCCGAGGCAAGUUGACGGUAUUUUCAGUUAAAGCUAUGUUAGCAACCAUGUGUGGUGGAAAAAUGCUGGACAAAUUGAGAUAUGUUUUCUCCCAGAUGUCAGAUUCCAAUGGCUUAAUGAUAUUUGGCAAGUUUGACCAGUUUCUGAAGGAAGUUCUGAAGCUCCCAACAGCUGUCUUUGAAGGGCCAUCUUUUGGUUACACAGAACACUCAGUCCGCACCUGUUUCCCACAGCAGAAAAAGAUAAUGCUAAAUAUGUUUUUAGACACCAUGAUGGCCGAUCCUCCUCCCCAGUGCCUUGUCUGGCUACCUCUCAUGCAUCGGCUUGCCCACGUUGAGAAUGUCUUCCACCCUGUGGAGUGCUCCUAUUGCCGGUGUGAGAGUAUGAUGGGUUUCCGGUACCGAUGCCAGCAGUGCCACAACUACCAGCUCUGCCAAAAUUGCUUUUGGCGUGGCCAUGCCAAUGGCCCUCACAGCAACCAACACCAGAUGAAGGAGCAUUCCUCUUGGAAAUCCCCUGCAAAGAAGCUGAGCCAUGCAAUUAGUAAAUCCUUGGGGUGUGUACCCACCAGAGAACCUCCGCACCCUGUUUUUCCUGAACAACCAGAGAAACCACUUGACCUUGCAAAUAUAGUUCCUCCUCGCCCUCUGACGAAUGUGAAUGACACCAUGGUGAGCCACACGUCCUCCGGGGCACCCACUCCCACCAAGAGGUUACAGUAUAGCCAGGAUAUACCCAGUCCCUUGGCUGAUGAGCAUGCGCUGAUAGCCUCCUUUGUGGCCCGUCUGCAGCACUGUGCACGUGUCCUGGACAGUCCUAGCCGACUGGAUGAGGAACACCGGCUUAUAGCUCGCUAUGCUGCCCGGCUGGCUGCAGAGGCAGGAAACAUGACCCGUCCUCCCACCGACUUGAGCUUUAACUUUGAUGCCAACAAACAACAAAGACAGCUUAUUGCAGAACUGGAAAACAAAAACAGAGAGAUCCUGCAGGAGAUUCAGCGUCUCCGUCUGGAGCAUGAGCAGGCUUCCCAGCCCACCCCGGAGAAGGCCCAGCAGAACCCCACACUGCUGGCGGAGCUGCGGCUGCUGAGGCAGAGGAAAGAUGAGCUGGAGCAGAGGAUGUCAGCGCUGCAGGAGAGCAGGCGGGAGCUGAUGCUGCAGCUGGAAGGGCUGAUGAAGCUGCUGAAGGAGGAAGAGCAAAAGCAGGCAGCUCAGGCCACAGGAUCGCCACAUACGUCGCCCACUCACGGAGGCGGCCGCCCAAUGCCCAUGCCCGUGAGCUCCACCUCCGCCGGCUCCACACCCACCCACUGCCCGCAGGACCCGCUGAGCGGAGUCGGCGGGGACGUGCAGGAGGCCUUCGCCCAGGGUACGAGGAGAGACCUCCGCAAUGACCUGCUGGUGGCCGCUGACUCCAUCACCAGCACCAUGUCAUCCCUGGUGAAGGAGCUCCACUCAGCUGCUCUUUCCUUAGGCCCGCUCAGCUGUCUCGCUCCAGAGCUUUCCUGGAUGACUGGAACCGCAUCAGCUGCAAAAGCUUCUGGACUUUCUCCCGGCUGCCUUUCUGCUCUCUCCUAUUUGAUUUGGUUUUGAAACCCUAUUCUCUCUUUUUGUCCAUGACGAGGCUCUGAUUUCACUGGAAGUUCAUGACCUGAGUCUGUUGCUUCCUUCGUUCCUCAUGUUCAGUCUUAUCUAUGACUUCUUUCUCAGUCUGUCUGUCUCUUAGCUAUUUCAGUGAUUUUCCAGAGACCCUUACCUCAUGGCAUAUUUCCCCUUACAUAAUACCCAGGAAGGAGAGAAGAAAUAGAAGGCCAUUCCCAUAUCAGCAUGUCUUCAAGAAUCCCCAUGAUUACAUCAGUUUUGAAGCCGUCAGAUAUUUUGCUAAUCUUUUUUAUGGUGGUCAGAUUCCCGUGUUAUAUAUUAAACAAACAGAUUCCCUUCCUAAGUGCUGUGGGUCACUCAUACAGAUGGCCCUCUUUUGUGUCUUUCCACCUAAUGUAAUGCUUUUGGAUACCUUGAACCAGCUUAACAAGGCUAUUGAAUAAAAAUAUAAAGCAGGUUUUCCGUGAGCUAUUCA